AUGCCAAGCAGCUUUGAAAUCAAUACGAGAAUCAACUCAUUCGACAUCUCCUACGGACCGAUGAACUCAGGUCACACAGAUGCCGAUUACGGGCUUUCGUCUAAAUUUAAUAAGUCGGAGCCAGUUUUACUUCAGGAGAUGGCGCUGCCAAUAAUGAGUGCAAGCAAAUGUCUUAAGUACUAUCCGAAACAUCGAAAGGAAUCUCAACUUUGCGCAGGUUGGAGGUUGAAGGAUUCGUGUGAACGAGACUGCAGAAGUGGACUAUAUUGCAAGAUACCGUACACAAAUAAGUGGCUGCUAGCGGGUGUGAGAAACUACGGCACAGAAACUGAGUGCAAACCGGGUACUGGAAUAUACACAUCGACACUUACAAGAAACGAAUGGUUGUUUUCAACUAUGGCUAUUUGGGCUCAUUAUAUGUCGCGCCAUAAUGGGUCGCGGAUGGUACCAGCUUCCAGUUAUCGGCCAAUUUUACGCGUGCAGUUUUUACCAUCAUAUUUUUGCAAAUGUAUUAGCAACAGUGUCACGUAG